AUGGAUUAUUAAGAAUUAUAUGAAUUGCGCAAAAAAAUUGUGGAUUGGAAAAAAAAUCCAAAAGAAACUAUUAAUAUCUUAAAAUAAUUAGAGUAAGCUUCACUUGAAUUUGAAGCUGUAAAUAAAUCAAAAAUAUAAAAAAGUACUCACACUCUAACAACUAUAGAUGAUAAAAGUGAACCUUUAAUUACAACAAUUAAAAUUUAAGCAUCUAAAGUUCAAGAUAAGUUAAAAAAGUUAUGUCAAAAUAAAUAAAAUGAAAUAAAUGUAAUUUAGAAGAAUUAAGAAGAGAAGACUGAAGAAAUCAAAGUUUAAAAACAGAAUAGCAUAUAAAGUAGUAGAUCUUUACCUGAUAUUGAUUUAUUCUAUAAUUAUAGAGUGCCUUAACCAUCAUAUGUUGAUCGUAUUAAAUAUUUAACAGUACUAAGCAAAUUAUUUAUACUUAAAAUCUAAACAUUUAAAAAUUAAGAUGAUUUAAGUGAUUCAGACUAUCAAAUAAUAAAAGAUUGUGUAGAAAAAAUGGAAAAUGGAAUUUAUUAUAAAAGAAAUACUGAAAAUAGCGCUAGGAAAGCAUAUGAAUAGGAUUUAAAAAUUUUAGCAGGCUUUUUAAAGAAAGAUAAAUAUGGUUAAUUAACAUAUAGGAUUUUUACAAAAAUAUUUGAUCCUAUAGUUGCAGCAUAAUUAAAGUAUUAUAAUUAUAAAUUAGAGCUGGUGAUUGGGUUGAUGAUGAAACUAAAUAAGAAUAGAGUAGAAUAAUUAGAGAAAAGAUGGAAGCUGAAUAGAUAGGAUUUUAUAAAGACCUAAGUAAAAGAGAAAUGGAAGGUGUGGAAGGUAAAAUGUGUAAAGGAUGUGGUUAAAAGAAAGUUUAUUUAGUUGAUGAAAAAUAAACAAGAGCAUCAGAUGAACCAACUACUAAGUUUUUUGAAUGUUAUAAUUGUGGAGAUAAAUUUAGAAUAUGUUGA